AGAGACUUGUAAGAAAAGAAGACUUCCUCAUGAUCUCUGCUUAUCAUCCCUGACAUAUUCUUUCCCUUUUCAGCUCUGCCUGCCGUGGAGCACAAAGACCUGGAAGGAGACUCCCACCGCCUUUGGGGAGAAGAAAGGAGGCAGUGAAGCAGAUUAAAGGAACUUAUGACUUGUGGCCUUUAGGACGCAGGGGCCGCCUGGAAGGGGAGCAAAGUGCUGGCCAGCGCCCGCGGUGGUAACUGAGCUGUGAGAUGCGCCUUAGCUGCCGCCGCUGCUGCUGUUGCUGCUGCUGCCGUUGCGGCCGCCGCUGCUAAAGCUCGAGUCCAGGACGCGCCUGCCGCCCUUUGUGCUUCGGGUACAUGUGUCUGUUCAGGCCGGCGGGGGGCGCCCAGAAGCAAGUCCACCACGGCGGCCGGGGAGCGAGCGCCCGCCAUGCCCACGGAGACGCUGCCCACAGGUAGCAUGGUGAAGCCGGUCAGCCCCGCGGGCACCUUCACCUCGGCGGUGCCCCUACGGAUCCUCAACAAAGGGCCCGACUACUUCCGCAGGCAGGCGGAGCCCAACCCCAAGCGGCUGAGCGCUGUGGAGCGGCUGGAGGCGGACAAGGCCAAGUAUGUCAAAAGCCAGGAGGUCAUCAACGCCAAGCAGGAGCCCGUGAAGCCCGCCGUGCUGGCCAAGCCACCGGUGUGUCCUGUCUCCAAGCGCGCGCUCGGCAGCCCCACGCUCAAGGUGUUCGGCAACCACGCCAAGACAGAGAGUGGUGUGCAGCGCGAGAACCUCAAGCUCGAGAUCCUGAAAAACAUCAUCAACAGCUCCGAGGGCUCCAGCUCGGGCUCAGGCCACAAACACAGCUCCCGGAACUGGCCACCACACCGGCCGGACACCAGUGACCUGCACCGUCACUCCUUCGCCGAGUCCCUCAAGGUCUACCCGACGCCUGGGCGCGGCAGCCCGCAGGAGAGCAGCUCGCACGUGAGCAGGAGGCUGCUGGAGCAGUCGGCCGAGUCCUUCUUGCACGUGUCCCACAGCUCCUCGGACAUCCGUAAAGUGUCCAGUGUGAAGCCCCUCAAAGCCAUCCCCUGCAGCAGCUCUGCCCCUCCCCUGCCUCCCAAACCUAAGGUCGCUGCCACCGCCACAGUCACGUCGAGCUCCGCCGCCGGCGCCGUGAAGUCCCCAGAAGCCGCUGACCCGGUGGAACCCGCCUGUGGAGUGAGCCGCAGACCCUCGCUGCAGCGCUCUAAGUCAGACUUGAGUGACAGGUAUUUCCGAGUGGACGCCGACGUGGAGAGAUUCUUCAACUACUGCGGACUGGACCCAGAAGAGCUGGAGAACCUAGGCAUGGAGAACUUUGCAAGGGCUAAUUCUGACAUCAUCUCCCUCAACUUCCGCAGCGCAAGCAUGAUCAGCUCAGACUGUGAACAGUCUCAGGACAGUAACAGUGACCUUAGAAAUGACGACAGUGCCAAUGAUCGGGUGCCCUAUGGCAUCUCCGCCAUUGAAAGGAAUGCGAGAAUCAUCAAGUGGUUGUAUAGCAUCAAGCAGGCGCGCGAGUCGCAGAAGGUCUCGCACGUGUAAGAGACAGCGUGGAGAGGAGGGAGGGGAGGAGUCUGUCUGUGCAUAUGCAGUCGUGAAGGUCGUGAGGUCUACCUUGAAGUGUUGUGAGCUUCUCGGCUCUUUGUGUUGCUUGUUGUGCAAUGUUUCCAAGUUGCAUGCCUGUCAACAUGGGGACUGGCCUGGCUUCCUCAUCACCAUUGCCUCAGAGCCUGGCUGAACGCAACCUCAUCCCAAAGGUUCCAGGCCAGAAUCUGAUUAGGGCUUUGCUCUUCAGCAGAACUGUUUACACGGAAACAGUAGACGAUCCCUUCAAUAUUUCUGUGGUUCUUGUGUUUUUCUAUCCCACGCUCUUGUGUCUUAAUUAAACGUUUUCUCAACUGGCUUUGAAGUUGACAGCAGAAUCUUUUGCAAUAAAAAAGAAUCCGCUUUGCCUGCGAUGGGAAACCGUAAC